CUUAUAUUAAUGUAUCCAUCCGUCCAUCCAUCCAUCCAUCUAUGUUUCCUUUUUUGUGCCUUCCUUCUCUCCAUUUCUCCAGCCACUCACCAACCCCUCCACCUGUAUUUCCUUUUCCUCCUCUUUGUUUCUUCCUUCCUUCCUUUCCUUCCUACAGUCAUUUGCCUACUAGUCAUCCCUCCAUCCAUCUUUCUAUUCAUCUGAAAAAAAAUUUGGAUGAUCUCACCAUCUAUCCAUCUAGUAACUUUUUUCUUCUCCCACAUACCUAUCUUCUACUAGCAUUUGUCCUCCAUCCUUAUUCCAUCUAUUCUGCCACACGACUAUCUAAUCAUCUAUUCAAAGCUCUUUGUCAGUCCGUCCAUCCGCCCAUCCAUCCAUCCAUCCAUCCAUCCAUCCAUCCAUCCAUCCAUCCAUCCCCUCCACUUCUCUGUUUCCUACUAGCAAACAUUGAGCAUAACUCCCUGCUAGGCCCAAUGCCACAGCUUUGGAGGCAUGCCCAACCACACCCAUCUCUCCUGGAAAGACAGACCUGCACACGGAUCACCUCCGCAUGGUAUACCAGGCUUCAAAGUCAGACAGACGUGGGUUCGAAACCUGUCCCUGAACUUUCUACCCGUGUGACCUCGGGCAAGUCGCUGCGCCUCCAUUUCUUCCUCUGCACAUGGCGAGGACCAAUUCCAUCUCGAGAUCUUGACCUCCUUCCUGUCUACUUUUGCCAGACCCACCCCGAUGAUUUAAAACCAAGCUCACGCGAGCUGGGUCUGCUGACUGUUGGUAGGACUCCCAGGGCUUCUCCAAUCCCGUGGGGUCAAGCCGCGAUAGAAAGGACAUCUCAAGACAUCAUCAAGAAGCAGGACAUUCGUUCAGGUGUCCCUAACCCUAACCCAGACACACCUCCAACCCCAGCCCCCUCCUCUCCUGGCCAUGUCCCUGUCCCUCCAUCCCAGCUUUGGCGGGAGAGCAGAGCACAAGAGCUUUCUAGAAUCAGACAGGGUCUGGAUUGCCCUCCUCAUUCAACACUUCCUACCUGUCGGACUUUGGCAAGACCCUUAAUCUCUCUGGACCUCAAAUGAAUGAGGAAUUCCGUAAGGUGGAGGGGAGAGAGAACCCGGAUGUAUCA